ACUCUCGUUUUCGAUUUGUAUUUAACGAGAGGAUGCAGAGAGACAUUGCUGGAGUCUGAAAGUUUCAUCCUUUAGCAGUGAACAUGUUGUGCUACUGGGGAGCUCAGGUCAGAGAGGGCUUCGGUCUGUUACAGCCUGACAAAGUCAAACAUGGCAAAAAUGAUAUUCGAUCCAUGUGUCCGAAAUCAGCAGUUCAGGACAUGUCAGCUGGAAGGAGUUUUGUUGGUUUCAUCCGGAAUGGAAAGGUCUCGGUCUUGAGAUUGCGCGAUGAAGACUAUAAUCACGAUGGAAAACUAAAGCAACUACAGCUAAAAAAGAAUGACAAAAUCAGAUCGAUUGUCUGUGGAGGAGCUGGUGCGGUUCUUCUUGCUAAUGGAGGAAGAGUUCUCAUUAUGGACAAAUCUACUGUGUGCAGGCCUCUCAAAGGUCUGGGAAACAGGCAGGUGAUUCAGAUCGCAUGUGGAGACCAGCAUUCAAUGGCACUAACCAAGGAUGGUCAGUUGUUCGUAUGGGGUGAAAACUCUCACGGUCAGCUGGGUUUGAAGAAAGAACAUCCCGGCUCUCCGUCAGCUCAACAGGUGAAGAGUCUGUGUGGGAUCCCACUGGCUCAGAUCAGCGCUGGAGGAGACCACAGCUUUGUGUUGUCUCUCUCUGGAGUCGUGUUCGGAUGGGGAAAGAACUCGGCUGGACAGCUGGGCCUCGGAGACACUACAGACAGACACGUCCCAGUGGUUGUAAAUAGUCUGAACCGAAAGAAAACUGUGUCCAUCUCAUGUGGAGGAGAACACACUGCCACUUUAUCAAAGUUUAUGUUUCAGGGUGGCACAGUAUUCACAUUUGGAUCAGGAGGUUUUGGUCAGCUUGGGCACAACUCGUUUAAAGAUGAACAUCAUCCGCGGGUGGUUGCUGAACUGUGGGGAUCUAAAGUGUCACAGGUCACAUGUGGGAGACAUCACACACUUGUGUCAGUCUCAUCAUCAAAGCUGAUCUAUUCAUUUGGAUGUGGGAUGCAAGGGCAGCUGGGAAAUGGAGAAAUGAUCAAGCAGUCUGUGCCUUUACCGGUGGAUCUGUCAAACGAAUGUGAUCAUGAAUAUACAUUUGAAAAACUCAUCGCUGGGGAGAAUCAUUCCUUUGCCUUGUUUUUAAAAGAAGUUGGAAAUGAGGUAGAAAAGCCCAAAUCCAAUCCAAGCAGAGAGAUUUUGACAUUAAAUGACAGAAUGAUUGACUGCUGGAUGUCCGAAAGUGAUGCAAAUUCAUGGAAAGCCAUUACGAAGGAAAUAAACACAGUGUUCUCCUCUGCUGCCUCUCUGAAUGGAAGUUUUCUCAAAACAAGUUGUGACGAACAUUAUCAGACGUCUGUGGAGAAUUGUGGGUUGGAUUUUGAUCUGGUUAAAACAUCCUUUGCAAAGUUAUCAAACAAUGAAAGGUUGAUCUCAGAGGUAGUGAAGGUGGUUCAGCAGAAACUGCUGCCAUCUCUGAAUCCAAAUCCAACUGGUGUUGAAGCUCUGAGACUUUACCUUCUCCUCCCUGAGCUCAUCAGAGGACUCCAGGAACAACAAAGAACUGAACUCACUGGAGCACUGGCCUCCAAAAUCCUUCAGUUGAAUCCAGCUGCUUGCAAGGUGUUAGAGAUGUACUGGUCCAAGCUCCCUGAUGAUUAUCUCAAGAACUUGGUGGACUUAUUUAAAAAAGAGUCUGCUAUUUUAAUUGACUUGAUUGCAUUUGGAUUUAUAAACUGGAACAUACCAAGACGUCUGCAGAAACUUGUGCAGAUCCUUCAUAUGGUCUAUAAGGCCUGCUGCAGUACCAACAGAGACAUCACAAAGAUUGAUUUCAUCAUUCACGAGAUUAUUUAUCUGCACUAUGUGCUGCAUGCUGCUAAUGAAGAUUUGAAGGAUUGUUGGUGGAGGAGUGACUUUGAUUUAUUUCUGGCAUUUCAACACUACUAUGAUACAACUUUAAACAAACUUAAAUCAUACCCAUACAUGUUCAACCUGGGGGCCAAAUGUAAUUUUCUGAAAAACAGAAAAUGGCAGGGAAGUUUUGAGCUUACUCUGAGUCGCACAGCGCUGCUGGAGGAUUGUUUCCAUCAGCUGAGAACAGCCGAUCCAUCACUAGAUCUCAGAAGAAACUGGCUGUUGGUGCUUUACAAGGAGGAUGUGAGCAAAAGAACAGCUGUGAACAAGAAGGACUUUUUUCUCAAUGUGUUUCAAGAGCUUUGUGCACCAGAGUCUCAGAUGCUCAUGUACAAUGACAACAACACUGUGAGCUGGUUUCCCACAAAAGUGUAUAAAAUCAAGCAACUAGGCAUGCAGACUGCUUCUACAAACAUUUGUGAAAGAAUGGGUCGCUCUCAGGAGCUCAGUGAAUUCAAGCGUGGUACCGUGAUAGGUUGCCACCUGUGCAGUAAGUUCAUUUGUGAAAUUUCCUCACUACUAAAUAUUCCACGGUCAACUGUUAGUGGGAUCAUAACAAAGUGGAAGCAAUUGGGAACAACAGCAACUCAGCCACGAAGUGGUAGGCCACGUAAAAUCACAGAGAGGGGUCAGCGCACGCUGAGGCGCACAGUGAUGAAUCAAGCUUCUCUGUCUGGCAAUCCGAUGGAUGAGUCUGGGUUUGGCGGUUGCCAGGAGAACGGUACUUGCCUGACUGCAUUGUGCCAAGUGUUUGGUGGAGGGAGGAUUAUGGUGUGGGGUUGUUUUUCAGGGGUUGGGCUUGGCCCCUUAGCUCCAGUGAAAGGAACUCUUAAUGCUUCAGCAUACCAAGACAUUUUGGACAAUUUCAUGCUCCCAACUUUGUGGGAACAGUUUGGGGAUGGCCCCUUCCUGUUCCAACAUGACUGUGCACCAGUGCACAAAGCAAGGUCCAUAAAGACAUGGAUGAGUGAGUUUGUUGUGGAGGAACUUGACUGGCCUGCACAGAGUCCUGACCUCAACCCGACACAACACCUUUGGGAUGAAUUAGAGCGGAGACUGCGAGCCAGGCCUUCUCGCCAACAUCACUGCCUGACCUCACAAACGCGCUUCUAGAAGAAUGGUCAAAAAUUCCCAUAAACACACUCCUAAACCUUGUGGAAAGCCUUCCCAGAAGAGUUGAGGCUGUUAUAGCUGCAAAGGGUGGGCCAACUCCAUAUUAAACCCUAAGGAUUAAGAAUGGGAUGUCAUUAAAGUUCAUGUGCACGUAAAGGCAGGCGUCCCAAACAUUUGGCAACAUAGUGUAGCCUAUAUACAGGGGUUAGGUACAAAAAAAUGUGAACACCCAUUGUUAUAGGAGUUAAUAUCAUUUGUGUAGGCUACAGUGAAAAAACAAACAUUGUGAUGAUCUUUUAUUUAUAUUUUAGUUGUUUAUAUUCUGUAGUUUGCAUAUCAGUGCAGUAUAAGUGAAGAGUUAAUUUACAAAAACCGAUAAAUGGCACUUUUAAAAAAAUAAACUGACUGCUGUGUGUUAUUCUCCACAUAUAGCACGUUCUGAACCCUAAAUAUGUUUUGUCAAAAAAGCCAGUUUUGUCCACUGUCAAGGCAUCGCGAGUUCACGUUUUACAGCAGAAACUGACAAGCGACCUUGUUGUUUGUUUUAGCAAAUCAGCGCGCAGUAUUCAGGUCAGGUGACAAGGCUGCUAGUCACUUCAAAAAGACGCGCAAGCUGAGGGGAGUUUCAUCAAAGCUAAAAGUGAUCGAGGAUUUAUAAUUUCGACCCCUGCAAGUCCUUGUGCACCAUACACGUCUUACAUGCUGAACCAUUGGUUGUCUUUUUGCGUUUGUUUGUGUAUGUGUGUGUGUGUAUGAGUUUGCCGAUCUGUCAGUGUUUGUGUGCACACGUGUGUUUGAGUGUGUUUUAAAUGCAAUUACAAAGCAAUUACUUGGUUUUGUUUAACUCUGAAACAUGAAAUGUGGAGUUAUCUGCUUUUGCCAAAAAAACGACUUUUGGAGUUAUCUGGGUUUGCUAAAAAAUAAACUUUUAAUAUAUAAAAAACAUACUUUCAAUGAACUUUAAUUUUGUAAGUUACCUGUAUUUUUUUUUUUAGUUAAUAUUACUUAAUCAAAACAACCUAACUGCAGUUUGAUUGAUAUUACUUUGAAUGCACAAUAAAAAACAUGUUUUGUGAGAAUUAAUAAAAACUGAGUUAUCUGUUUUUGCAAAUGAACUCUUCAAGUGGUUUUACAAUUUACUGUAUUUUCAUUUGGCCAUAACCACUCAUUAUCCCA